CAUUUACGUAUUAACACAACAUAAAUUCUCAGCCAAGUUUGACGAGCCAUUGCGCGUUUGUAAAAAAAUUUCCAGCUUCCCUAACACCGUCAUGGCUGAUCCCUGCACAAGAUAAUAUUUUUAUUUAAAGUAUGAUUCAUGACAUUCUGUCAACAAUGCGUGUGAUGAAAUCUCUACUGAGACUGAGUGCUUGUGAGGUUUUAAAUUACAAUCAGUUUCCGUGUUUGUUUAAAUAUAUCUACCUCGUGAGUAUCUUCUGCGAAUUUUGGUACAUUUGUGUGAAAUUUUAGCCAUGUAUUGAGAUAAUCGCUUUCAUGACUUGAAAAGAGGCUUUCAACCAAGAAUUUAUAGUCUGUUUAUAUCACAAGAACAAAGCUGUCUGAAAGAUUUAAAACUGAAAAAGAAGAACAAACUAGUAAUUAAUUGUGUCUAAUGCCAUGGAUUCUGACGAACUGCAAGAAAAAGCAAAUUUUACAAGACUCAGCAGACUUUUAGUUGACAAAGGAACUGAGGCUUUGAGAAAUACAUUUGACGCAAUCUAUUCACCUGUUAAUCUACCCGGAGUACUGGCUGCAAACAAAACAACUCUUCAAAAGUUAAAACCUCGAGUUAUUAAUAAUUCUCAGUGGGAUUUACUGUUUCCUCCGUCUGACAACCCACCAGAUUCCAAAACCUUCGAUGUCACAUUACUUACAGUUCUAUUCCGAAACAUUUGUGGUUUUCCAUCAACAGGAUGGAGUGUAAUGCCUCCGGAUACUGAUAGGUCAACGCAGGCGAAUAUCACAAGAAUCAAGUGUUACAGAAAUGAAGUUAUUGCACAUGUAACAACAACUCGAGUUGACAAUUCAAGAUUUGAGUCUUUAUGGAAGAAAAUCUCCCUGGCGAUAGUAGAAUUGGGAGUUUCACAGAGUGAUGUCGACGAUUUAAAAAAAUGUCCUCUUAGGCCUGUAGAAGUAGUGUAUGUGGAAAAGCUUAACGAUUGGACACUGCACGAAGAAGAGUGUAUUAAAUUGCUUAAAGCAAUUGAAGCUGGUGUAAAUAAUGUAACACAAGUCGCUGAAGAGACGCGCGAUGCAGUAAAUGAAACGCGCGAUGCAGUAAAUGAAACGCGCAAUGCAGUAAAUGAAACCCGCGAUGGAGUAAAUGAAACGCGCGAUGCAGUAAAUGAAACGCGCGAUGCAGUAAAUGAAACGCGCAAUGCAGUAAAUGAAACGCGCGAUGCAGUAAAUGAAACGCGCGAUGCAGUAAAUGAAAUGCGCCAGUCAUUUGCCAAGCGUACUUUAUCAAUACCCGGGGAAACCAAUCCUCCAAAAAAAUCCCGCAUGGAAAUUGAUGAAGAUUUAUUGCGAAAACUUGCUAAGCAUAAUUUUAAGGGUAAAAUUAAAAGAAAAGUCAAAUUCUUCCUUCCUGGAACGAGAGAGUGGUUGUUAAAAAAAGUUGACGAGUGGUUUUGUAGCAGUGAGAGUGAUUCAAGAAUAAAGUUAAUAACAGCUGGACCAGGAUUUGGUAAAAGCGUGUUUUCCGCUAAAAUCUGUGAAGAUUUUGAGAAGAAUGGAAAAUUGGCUGCUUGUCACUUUUGUGAUUUCAGUGAUUCAAACCUAAGAGAUCCUAUGAUGAUGCUACAGUCUUUCGCAAGUCAGAUGUGUCAGAAUGUCCCUGGUUUUAAAGAGAGGCUUCUUGAUCAGUUAAAGCGACCAUAUCAAGUUCAAAAUCUCAAAGAUGCCUUCCAAAUAUAUUUACAAAAUCCCUUAGAUGAAUUGGAAAUAAAAGAGCCACGUUUAGUCGUGAUCGAUGGCUUGGAUGAAAGUGCAGCAGAUAAUAAAAAUGAAAUUACUCAUUUGAUUGCUGAAUAUUUUCCUGAUCUUUCCGAGUACAUCAAAAUCUUGGUGACGAGCAGGCCAGAGAUUUCCGUUGCUGAUCUAAGACUAAGAAACGAUCAAAAGACAGACAUUUCCAAUGUUGAUCGCAACAAUAACUCGGAUCUUGAACUUUAUUUUCAAGAAUGUUUAUUUGGUGUAGAAGUAAAAAGCAACGGGAACCCUGCUUUGAAAGAAAUUCCACAUGAUCUCCGAUUGCGUUUGUAUAAAAUGAAUAGUUUACUUUUCAAAUUUGUUUCCAAGUGCGCGGGCUCGUUUCUCUAUGCUUAUCACUUUCAAUCUGGGCUAAGGGCUCGCUAUGAUCUUGAGAAGAUAACAAAUAAUGACGUCAUGGAGUUUCUCCCAGAAGGUCUGCAUUCUGUUUACGAACGAUAUUUUAAACGCCUUGAAGACGAGCUUAACGCCAUAAAACACGAAAAGUUCGAUGUCUUGAAUAUUUUGGCAAUGCUGGUUGCUUCCGAAGAAGAUCUUCCCCUCACUUUCGUCGCUCAGGCUUUUGGUUUAGCUCCGGAUUGUCGCGAAACGAAAGACAUCAUCAACAAAAUUAAUGAAACCGUAUCGUGCUUGUUGUACGUUACAGAUGACAGGUUAACCGUUUUUCACAAAUCCUUUAUUGAUUGGCUUCUAGCAAAGGGCUACAAAGAUCACCAGUAUACUGUCAAGGUCGAUGAUGGACAUAGAUUGCUUUGGCUUUUAUGCGAGAAGGUUUUUAAGGAAAUUAAAGAUAAAGGUGUUCGCUCAGGACUUGAGGUGAAGUUGACUAAUGACGUAAAAUACGCUCUGGAACAUGGUUUAGAACAUCUAGAAAAGUGUGAAAUGGAAGAAGGUGUCUUUUGGUCAGUUGAUGUUAUUAUCGUAUGUUGUAUGUUAACUGCCCUCUCUCAAGAUCAUUUGCUGUUAUACUGGGAAAGAAUUCUUCAAAGCUCUGUAAUUAAAAGUGAGGAACUACGUAACCGCAUUUCGUGGCAUGUCACUGAACUUCGCUUUUUGCCUGAAAGCGUGCUAGAUUUUAGCAAACUGGAUUCAACACCGUUUCCAAAAUCACUGCCGAUAAAUUUAAAAUCGUAUUUACAAGCGGUUCUUACCCUUUCUCCAGAAGGUUAUUUCAGCGAUGAUGAGAAGAAAAUCGCAGAGACGCUACUAUCAAAUGAUUUACCAUUUGUAUUUUUAUAAAGUUUGGGUUUUGCCGCCAGCAGUAUGUAAUCCAGGGUCUUUGGUUACAGUGUGCCACAGUAUUUGCUUUAUCUGAGAAUAAGAAAAGAAUAGCAGUUGGAAUAAAUAAUUUCAUGUUAUCCCUACCAAAUUUAGUUGAAAUAAUGAAUUACUCAAGAAAAUUUAAAAGAAGUUUCUUGCUCCAGAAAUAUUGUUCUUCUCAUAGCAUUCAGAAAAUGGAAACGGUGUUUAACAUUGCGAAGAGAAAGGAAGUUUCAUUUUUUUCUUGAAAUGAGGAGACGUUCGGGUCCGGUUAAUUUUCUCCCCGCAUGUUUUUUAUACGAAUUAAAUGCGAAUGUCUUUGUUCAAAAAAUAACUGAAAUGAACACGUUCAAACGAGGACGAAAACCAACAGGAGAGAAGACUUAGUUGAUAAAGACUUUGUUAUGAACGACAGAUGUUUUGGAGCUGAUUUUUCAGUUAGGAUAUUUCUUAAUGGAUUUAUUGAACAGUAACAUGAAAACUAUGAUCAAGAACAUUGUUUUGGGGAAGCGGCUAGACUUUGCUUGGAGCUGGUCUAGAAUGGAGAAGUAAGACACCUCCUUCCCUCCGUUUGUCUGGGAGUUCACCUUGGGCAAGUGAUAGCACUCCCUUGCCUCCCUAACUGGGGUUACAGUUUGUUAAACAAAACAAAGACAAUAUAUUUAAUACAUCUGCAAGAAACAAGUCCUAAAAAACUGUGACGAAUGCCAGUCGUAUGAUGGUGUUGUUUAAGAUGUUCAUUAUGGUAGUUACAGUCAUGUUGGUGGUGAUAAUUCUCAUCUAUGAUGGUGGUGAUCGUGCUGGUGUCUACGAUGGUGCUGAUAGUAAUUGUGCUGGUGAUGAAAAUAAUGGUAGAAAUUGUAGUAACUAUAUUAGCUGUAUUUUGUUCACGAAGUUUGAUGCUGAUGAAAAAGAAAGAUAACGGAACUCAGUGGCGUCAAGCACUAGAACGAUAAUUGGGGGGGUGGGAGUUGAUUAUUCAUAUAUUCAGUUUUGCCCGACGGAUUUCUUUUUUAAGUGCAAUAGCUUAAAAUAAAAAUCCGUCGGGCAGAACCAUUGAACUGUAAACACACUGGAACGAUAACUCAUGGGGGUGGGAUGAAACCAGUGCUGUUUACUUUUUCUGAGUUUUGAGCUGAAAUACUUGACGGCAAAUGUUGAGCCGUAUAUGAAAUUAAAGCUAUUAAAAAGUUAUAUUUCGUGUAGAAAUUUCGAGACUUUAGCUUACAGUGAAAUGUCUAAAUAAUAUUAAUUUUCAAAAUUUCCCGGUUUUUUGCCGGUUGGUAAUUGUUUUUUUUUAAUAUUUCCUUUGUAGUUGUAGUCUUGAAAUUUCUACACCAAAUAUAACUUAUCAAUAGCUUUAAUUUGACACACAGCCCAACGUCUGGCGUCAAGUAUUUCGUCUCAAAACUCCGAAAAACUA